CCCAAGCCGCCAGCCGCGCCUCUGUGUCUGUGUCACUGCCUUACUCUCACCUUCUUUCUCAGCUUUGCCGCUGUUUUCUCCUUCCCCAUCUUUCAUCUUUGUUUUUCCCCCUGACUCUCCCCUAGUCAAAAACCUGCUUUUGGGUCUUGGGUUCCAUUUCCACCUUGAUUUGCUGUGCAGCCUUAGGCAAGUGUCUCUACCUCUCUGAACAAUGGGGAUGAUAAGAGCAUGUGCCCUAGAAGGGCAUUGCGGGGACUGAAUGGUUUAACGCUUGGGACAGAGUGCCUGCAUGUCAUUAGUGCCCACAUGCUGAUGGCUCUUUUAAUAUCCUUUAAACAGCACAAGGUUUUGAUGAUUAAAUAAUCAUCAUCAUAGCUGAGGCUUUUAAAAAGCUGACAAGUGUCAGACCCUGUUCUCGAAACUUUAAUUCAUUUAAUUCCCAAAACUCUAAAAAGUAGGUCCCGUUUUACUCCCAAUUUUACAGAUGAAGAAACUGAGGCUCAGAAAGGUUGGGGCUGGGUGCGGUGGCUCACACUUGCAAUCCUAACACUUUGGGAUGCCGAGGCGGGUGGAUCACCUGAGGUCAGGAGUUUGAGACCAGCUGGCCAACAUGGUGAAACCCUGUCUCUACUAAAAAAAAAAAAAAAAAAAUACAAAAAAUUAGCCGGGCGUGGUGGCAGGUGCCUAUAAUCCCAGCUACUUGGGAGGCUGAGGCAAGAGAAUCACUUGAAUCCGGGAGGCAGAAGUUGCAGUGAGCCGAGACCGUGCCAUUGCACUCCAGCCUGGGCAAAGAGAGAAAAACUCCAUCUCGAAAAAAAAAAAAAGAUUGAGUAACUUGCUCGAGGUUGCCCAGCCAGGAAGAGGCAGAGCUGGUUUCAAUCAGCCAGAGGAAGGUCGUGACACUGACCCCCCUGUUAAGCCGAUGUCUGACCCCUGACUGGGGAUGGAGGUGAAGUUUGUACUUCAUGUACCCUUUGCCCUUCACAUCCAGUUGUUAAGGGGCUGCAGCACGGCCCCUGGGUGUCUGGGCCUGAUUCUUUCUUGGGUUUUGUUUCUGUCUCUCCUCCCCUGCCCCCUCCUCCCUCCCGCCACCACCCGCCUCAGACUUCCUCCUUCACUUGCCUGGACGCUGCGCCACAUCCCACUGGCCCUUACACUGUGGUGUCCAGCAGCAUCCAGCUUCAUGGGGGGACUUGAACCCUGCAGCAGGCUCCUGCUCCUGCCACUCUUGCUGGCUGUAGGUGGUCUCCGUCCUGUCCAGGCCCAGGCCCAGAGCGAUUGCAAUUGCUCUACGGUGAGCCCGGGCGUGCUGGCAGGGAUCGUGCUGGGGGACCUGGUGCUGACAGUGCUCAUCGCCCUGGCUGUGUACUUCCUGGGCCGGCUGGUCCCUCGGGGGCGAGGGGCUGCUGAGGCGGCGACCCGGAAACAGCGUAUCACUGAGACCGAGUCGCCUUAUCAGGAGCUCCAGGGUCAGAGAUCGGAUGUCUACAGCGACCUCAACACACAGAGGCCGUAUUACAAAUGAGCCCGAAUCAUGACAGUCAGCAACCUGAUACCUGGAUCCAGCCAUUCCUGAAGCCCACCCUGCACCUCAUUCCAACUCCUACCGCGAUACAGACCCACAGAGUGCCAUCCCUGAGAGACCAGACCACUCCCCAGUACUCUCCUAAAAUAAACAUGAAGCACAAAAA